UGCAGAUCAUCAUUUAAGAGUGAUCCGACCCAAAAUUGUCAACGAGUGCGAAUUCAGCAGCCAACCGGAGUAUAGCGAAAUAGAGGAUAAUGUAAAAAGACUUUGAUUACCAAGAAGAAGAAUCAAGAUGUCACUUAAAACACUGAAUAUAUCCUCGGCAGGGCCACAGGCCAUCGCCGAGGAGCUCAAAUUUGGCACAGCGGAUUAUGUGGUUUUCACUGUAAUGUUGUGUGCAUCCGCGUUCAUUGGAGUUUACUUUGGUUUCUUCGCCAAGGCAAAAAACACCACGGAGGAAUAUUUGCGAGGUGGCAAGAAGAUGCAGACGUUACCUAUAGCUAUAUCACUGGUGGCCAGUCAACUAUCUGGAAUUGCCAUCAUGUCCGUUCCGGCCGAAACAUAUUCCUUUGGCAUCAACUAUAUCUUUAUGGUCAUCUCGAUGAUUGCAGCUGUGCCCAUUUUAAUAUAUGUUAUUGUACCCGUGUUUUAUGAGAACAACGUUUCCAAUUGUUACGAGUAUCUGGAAGCACGCUUCAGCAAACUCACAAGACAAUUGAUUACGGGCACAUUCAUAAUGAACGCCUGCCUCAUGUUGCCCGUGUUUAUGUUUGUACCCUCUCUGGCUUUUUCACAGGUGACUGGCAUGAAUAUUCAUCAGAUUAAUGUGAUUGUCUCAUCGAUCUGCGUCUUCUACACAAUGCUGGGUGGCAUCAAAGCGGUUGUCUGGACGGAUGUGGUGCAGGGCUGCAUUAUGUUGCUCUCAGUGGUGUUGGUCGGCGUAUUGGGCGUGAUUCAGACAGGCGGCUUGGAUUCUGUCAUCGAGAAUGCUAGCCAAGGUGGACGUUUGAGUCUAGACUUUAGAUUGGAUCCACGCAUAAGGGCAACAGUUUGGAAUACUUUCUGGGGAGGUCUCUUCAUGUGGACGGGUCAUGUUGGUCUGAACCAGAGCUGUGUGCAACGCAUUGUCUCGCUGCCCUCUUUUGGCCAAGCUAAAAGAGCUCUUAUCAUUGCUGGUAUUGGAAUUGUUAUUAUCAUGGGCGUUAACAGUUUCAUAGGCAUUAUAAUGUUUGCUCGAUAUUACGGAUGUGAUCCAAUUUUGGCAGGUAUGGUCAGCAAGCCAGACAAAAUGAUGCCCUUUUUUGUGCAGGACUUAAUGGGUAAUAUGAUUGGCAUGCCGGGACUAUUCAUAUCGUGUGUCUUUAGCGCCGCUCUCAGCACACUCUCCGCCAAUCUUAACUCGUUGGCGGGUGUCAUCUACUUUGACUACAUUAGACCCUUCAUUCGACACACGGAGGCACGUGCCAAUGCCACCAUGAAAUUGCUCAUCAUCGGCAUGGGAAUUUACUGCAUUGUUGGUGGAUUUGCUGUUCAGAACUUCAGUUCCAUUAUACAGACUGUGAUUACAAUAACCGGAAUCAAUACGGGAGCCGUUGUUGCCGUGUUCUUUCUGGGAAUGCUCUAUCCCCGUGCAAAUAGCAAAGUCGCUGUAUCAAGCUUGAUAUUCAGUGUGAUAUUCAUGUUCUGCUUCAUUGUGAAGGGACAAAUCAAAUUCAAAGAGGGUGUCGUCAAAUACGAUGGCUUACCGAAUUCGCUGGAUCAUUGUGAGGCACCUCAAUUUCAAGUGAUUUUCAACGCACUUCAGUUCAAUAGAACAACUCCAGUAACUCAGGCACCGCCACCCGAUAUUCCUCCCUUGGUCACAGGUGCCUUUGAAAGUAAUCGGGAGUUCUCGAUAUUUGAAAUAUCAUUUUUAUGGUACAAAAUAUUGGGUAUUUUCGCGACGAUCCUGUGGGCAAUACCAAUGAGCUAUAUCUUUAAGUCGGAUCAGAAGGAAUUCCUAGAUCCUAAGCUUUUCACACCAUUUAUUCGAAGAUUUCUGCCUUCAAAUCAAGUGACGGAAUUGGAAGAGAUACCACUGAAGGGGGAAAAUUCCAAAAAUGAUCUGGAGCUGAAUAUUGAUACAACGAAAUUCAAUAGUAACAGCAAUUGAUUAUUAAAGUAUCCGAUUAUAUUAUUUGCCA